AGGACCUCCUUCCCAGAUGGUGAUGUUGGCCUGGAGCCUCGCCUUCGGCGCACUCAGCGACUAUGGGACUGCUUUGGCAGCGGGUUUGGUCAAGAUCCCCGACAUCUUGUAUUACGUGUCGGCAGUCUAUGGCACGUACGGCAUGCUACUCAUCUGCGGAAUGGCCCUCAUCUCUAGAACAUGGAUGGCUUACGUCGCCAGGGCCAUCCGCGUCUACCUCGGCGCCAUGAAGGUGCAGCUGGAGCGGAGGCUGAAUUCCCGCACCGCCUCUUUUCAAGAAAAGAUUAGGGCUCUCGACCAGUGUCGGCUGCUACUCCAUCAGGUCAAGAAGACCACGGAAGAGGCACAGAAUCUGCUGAGUUAUGGACUUAUCUACACGUACCUGUACAGCAGUAUCGAUAUUUGUAUCGCCAUGUACUACGUCACCGUUAACACGAUGUUCAUCUUCGAAGUUCGACUCUUCUUUCUGGGAUGGACCAUCAUUCACAUGAGCAGCAUUGUGCUGCCUAUCCUCGCCUACAGUUGGGUCAAACGAGAGGUGAGGGACCUUCGACAUGUUGUGCAGAGCUUCAAAUUUGAGGGAACAGUACCGGGUGCCCUAGUCGAACAGCUGGCCAUGCUUUUGUAUGACCUGCGAGCUGAAGACUUCAAGUUUUCCGUUCUGGGUUUCAUUCACUUUGAUCCACCCAUGAUGGCAAAGAUGAUGGGUGCCGUGACUACCUACACUGUGCUCCUGACCCAAACGACUCAGACUUACAUCAGCGAAAGCGACUUAAACUGCACCUUCUACUCCCUCAUUAUUCGUCCAAGUUUGACGUAAA